GGAGCAUCCCAUGAUGGCUGUUAGUUAGUCCUCCACGCUCAUCCCGCUCCUCCAUCACUGCAGCUCCAUUCACCCCGGCAGCCUCACACUCAAUUCGACACCUGCAGGCGCAGAUGGGGAAACAAUAAACCGCGGCGGUAAAUGUCACCUUGUUAGGACGAUAAUGGAUCAAGUGUGACUUCUUCACCCUCCCGUCCAGUUGGCCGACCUAACUCAGUAGCUAUGGCAACCUGUCAGAGGGGCUGCGCGCCAGCUGUGCGCUUUUGUCAGAGGCUGAACCGACUCAAAACACUGGAUGAUGACAUGAUGGCCACGUCACUGAAACGCUGCCUCUCCACCUUGGACCUGACGCUGUUGGGUGUUGGCGGCAUGGUGGGCUCCGGCCUGUAUGUCCUGACAGGCACAGUGGCUAAAGACAUGGUCGGGCCCGCUGUCAUUGUAUCCUUCAUUUUCGCAGGUAUUGCCUCUUUGUUGGCAGCCUUUUGUUACGCAGAGUUUGGAGCGCGCAUUCCCAAAACAGGAUCGGCGUACAUGUUUACUUAUGUCUCUGUGGGAGAGAUCUGGGCCUUUCUGAUCGGAUGGAAUGUGAUUCUAGAGAAUAUGAUCGGUGGUGCCGCCGUGGCGCGAGCAUGGAGUGGAUAUCUGGACUCCAUUUUUAACCACGCCAUCCAAAACUUUACUGAAACCCAUAUCAUGCGGUGGGAUGUGCCCUUCCUUGCCCAUUACCCAGACUUACUCGCUGCAGGCAUUCUCGUGGUUGCCUCUCUUUUUAUUUCCUUUGGAGUUCAAGUGUCCAAUUACCUCAAUCACAUUUUUUCCACAAUCAGUAUGUGUAUCAUAGUUUUCAUCCUGAUCUUUGGAUUUACGCUGGCAGAACCCGCCAAUUGGAGUCAAAAAGAAGGAGGUUUUGCACCUUUUGGAUGGUCUGGAAUCUUGGCAGGCUCAGCCACAUGCUUCUACGCAUUUGUAGGUUUUGAUGUGAUUGCAUCCUCAAGUGAGGAGGCCAAGAAUCCUCAGAAGGCUGUUCCUAUUGCCACAGCAAUAUCCCUUGGACUGGCAGCUACAGCCUACAUCUUGGUGUCCACAGUGCUCACAUUAAUGGUUCCCUGGCAUACUCUGGACCCCAACUCGGCUCUGGCAGAUGCUUUUUUCCGCAGAGGCUACAGUUGGGCUGGAGUUGUUGUGGCUGUGGGUUCCAUCUGCGCCAUGAACACUGUGCUGCUGUGCAAUCUCUUCUCCCUGCCUCGGAUUGUGUAUGCAAUGGCAGAAGAUGGACUGUUUUUCAAAAUCUUUGCACGGGUCAAUCCCACCACCAAAGUCCCCGUCAAUGCUAUUCUAGUUUUUGGAGUCCUCAUGGCCACAAUGGCUCUCAUUUUCGAUCUGGAGGCCUUGGUUCAGUUCUUGUCCAUUGGGACCCUGCUGGCCUACACCUUCGUGGCAGCGAGCGUCAUAGUUCUUCGCUUCCAACCAGAGAAAAGCAGCUCCAAAGGGACUUCAUCCACGUCUCCAAACACUAAUGCUGAACCUUCUCCCGCCCCCUCGGAAUGUCAGAACAUAUCAGAGGACAGUGGUGAGCUGAAACAGUACGAGUCCUUCUCAGACAAGCUCCAGUUGGUGGAGAGGCAGAAGACAAGGGAGCGCAGAGGGGCGGGCCAGCUGAGGGCCUACUGGGAACCUUACCUCGGCAGGCUGCUUGGUAACCAUGAGCCCGGCGAGGUGGUGGCCCUGUGUGUGCUCGGUCUGAUCGUGAGCUCGGUGUCGCUAUGUGUUGUGGUGGUAUUCGGACUCACGCAGAUGCAGCUGCCACUCUGGAGCUUUGCCACAUUGGUGGUGAUUUUCAGCCUGGCCUAUGUUACUUGCAUGGCACUCAUAUGGGUCCAUGAGCCUCAGACUAACACCAAAACAUUCCAGGUACCAGUGGUUCCAUUGACACCAGGAGCCAGUAUCCUCAUUAAUGUAUUCCUUAUGAUGAAGCUCAGCCCUCUAACCUGGAUUAGGUUCACUGUCUGGAUUGUCAUAGGUCUCUUUGUUUAUUUCAGCUAUGGGAUUUGGCACAGCAAAGAGGGCAUGAGAGAGCUGCAGCCCAAAGACAUGGCUGCCCGCUAUGUCGUGCUCCCCAGCGGCAGCCUCGUAGAGACCGUGGAGUCCGUCCAGCCCGAUGGACAAGUGGACACCUCAGCGCCUCACAUGAACCCUUCAGCCGCCACAACGACUGAGGAGUAUCCCGUAAGAAGAUGAUGUGUGAGCAAUCAUGAAGGUUCUAACUGCCUGCUGUGUACUGUACUACACUUCUCGCUUGUUUAUACACAUUGUAAGUCACACCUCUGCCGCUUUCCGUACACAUCGCUCUGCAAGUUUAAGCACACCCUUCGAAUAAGACGUGCAUCCUCUGUCUUGUUGUGAAGCUUAUUUGUAUAUCUUGUAAUACUCAAAGCAGAGUGCUUUCUCACAAAUCUCCUUUCGUCAGAUAUAUUUCAAAAUCAAGGUUGUAGGUUAAAUGCUCUAUGGUGCUUUUUCUGUGACAACCUCUUCUUAAAGCUCUGCUAGGUUUUGACACAAUUUUAUAUAAAGUUGGGAAAUUUAACAUCAAGCCAAAAAUCCUGAGUAUAAUCAGCAUUUAUGUGAUUAGUUUGUCUCAUUUCAUUUAACUAAGCCUCAGGAGGAAUUCAAAUAAUGUGCAUCACUUUGCACAAUUAUCUUAGUGGUACAUUCCAACUGUGCUGGACUGAGUGAGUUCUCACCAAUUAUUUCAUAUGCUAAACUGUGUGUUUAUACAAUAUUUAUCUUAUUAUAAUUGAUUUUUUUUUAUUCCUGCUAUUAUCUUGUUUUUUCAGUUGUGUGUUCCUGCCACAGUAGAUUUUUGUGUGCGUUCACUGUUCACCCAUGGGUGACGUUUCCCACCGACGAUCCCCUAAAAAACAGCAACACGUCAAUGCUUAAUCCCCCAAAUCUCAUCCCAUGACCCUGAUCUCCUUUGUGUCACAAUUAAUUGUUUUUCUUCAUGCACUGUUAAACAGCACACAUUUCUCUUGUCACUAACAUCAUCAUAGAUAUAAAAGCACAGCAGCUCAUCUAUGGUGGCCAUAAAAAUAUUACAAACUAUAAAAACACUUUUAUACAUUGCAUCAAACAACUUUAUUUUCAGAAAACAAAAUACCAUACAUUGCUUAUCGCAGUCCUCUCACACCACAUUUGAGCUUCAAAUAUUGCACUUUUACCAGAUUGCAAAUUUUUUCUUUUACCCUAAAUAAGUUUUCUCAAUCACUUAAUGUUAUGCCUCCCCUCCCCCAGAAGAAAAUAUAUCACACCCCCUCACUCUACACCAGUGGUUCUCAACCUUUUUUUCAGUGAUGUACCCCCUGUGAACAUGUUUUUGAUUCAAGUAACCCCUAAUCAGAGCAAAGCAUUUUUGGUUGAAAAAAAGAGAUAAAGGAAAAAAAAUACAGCACUAUGUCAUCAGUUUCUGAUAUAUUAAAUUUCAUAACAGUGCAAACUAUUGCUCAUGUGUAGUGGUCUUUCGGAACUAUUUGGGAAAAAAAGAUAUCAAAAUAACUUCAAAAUUGCUGAAAAAUAAACAAGUGAUUCAAUUAUAAAUACAAUUUCUACACAUAGAAGUAAUCAUCAACUUAAAGUGCCCUCUUUGGGGAUUGUAAUAGAGAUCCAUCUGGAUUCAUUAACUUAAUUCUAAACAUUUCUUCACAAAAAAAUAAAUCUUUAACAUCAAUAUUUAUGGAACAUGUCCACAAAAAAAUCUAGCUGUCAACACUGAAUACUGCAUUGUUGUAUUUUUUUUCAGUUUAUGAACUUAAAUUCAUAUUUUGUUGAAGUAUUAUUCAAUAAAUAUAUUUAUAAGGAUUUUUGAAUUGUUGCUAUUUUUAGAAUAUUGUUAAAAAAUCUCACAUACCCCUUGGCAUCCCUUCAACUACCCCCAGGGGUACGCAUACCCCCAUUUGAGAACCACUGCUCUACACAAUUAUAAAUAGAAUAAUUUAUCUACAAAAUUGUUAUAAGUACACCUCUACAUAACAUUGUAUCCUCAUGAAAAUUAUAGAAAAAUAAAUAGAUGUACACCAAUUUACAAAAAAGAUCAAUUUAAUUAAUAUAUAUUUUUUUGUCUGCAACAUAAAAGAUAUAAAGUGUGUCAAUGUGCCCAAAGCUAAAAUAAAAUAUAUAAAUAUAUAUUAAAAAAAUUGGACUGUAUUGAACCAUUUGAUGCUGAAAAAAACAUUUCAAAAACUCAAUAAAUUCAAAUUCAUCAGCAGCAUUACCCCAAGAGCACAAUUUAACCUGCAAAUCAAAAAAUAAUAAAAUAAUUUGUGCUAACUUUUCUCAUGAAAAUGAUGAAGUCAGGAUUAAUGGUUACAAUGAGCACGUUUUUAGAGCACAGCUUGGGGUUUGAAGCAUGAUCCUGAAAAAGCCCGGGGUCACUCACCCCCUACCUAACUAUUUUAGACGAAAUGCCCAAGUUAAGCAUUUCGAGCAUAAGAUGGCUAAAUGAACUAUACAUUAUACAUUACCAUGAAUUGAUUAACAUGAGUUGUUUAACGUCGAUCCCGAUUUAAACAAGUUGAAAAACUUAUUUGAGUGUUACCAUUUAGUGGUCAAUUAUACGGAAUAUGUACUGUACUGUGCAAUCUACUAAUAAAAGUUUCAAUCAAUACAUAUAAAUACUACAGUGAUAUUGGCCACUAAUCCGCCCUCAUAAUGUUGAAAAAUGUAUUUAGAACAUGCUAGGCUAUGAAAAUAUUUGAUUUAUGAAUAUUGAUUUCCACUUCGCGGAAAUGACUUUUAUCGCCGUCAUGUCCAGAACCAAUUGACAUCGAUAAAUGACGUCCUUCUGUGUUUUGCAAUUCCCAGCCACCAUAUUAAUUAGCGUUUUAUUGUCAUUCAUCAGAAAGGAUUUAGCACAAAUAAACUGACAUUACAUGUUGGCAGGGGCAUGCAUACAUUCUGACUUCUGCUACAGAUAAUAAACAUUCCCACACUUGUGCAUGUUAAACAAGUUCAAACAUGUAUAUUUUCGUUUCUUGUCUGCUUAUAAAACCAAUGGCCUUAAACAUGUAAAUCAAGGAAUCGUUUUUCUCCACAAUAGAUUGCACUCUGCAGCGAGCAUGUUACAUUUCAUUAUCACAAUGUGUAAACCAAAUACAAACAGAAUGUAAAAGGUUUAGUUUUGGAGGGAGGACCCGAAUAAUUUGCACACUAUUUUAAAAUAUGUUUUUUAUGCUUGCACCAAAAAGCACAGACAUUAUUAUUAUUAUCAUGACAGUCCUUCUUUCCAGUUGUUGUUGCUCCUGCACAUUAUAGUCUCCAUCUUUCAGGUGUGUCUGUAUGAGAGUGCUGUGUCCUAAAUGUAAAAUAAAUGUUUUGAAGCAUUG